AGGCCUCGGGCCCUCAGGCGGAGCGGCGGGCGCGCCGGACCCCCGGGUGGAGCGACAGGUCUCGUGCCCUCAGGCGGAGCGGCGGGCGCCGGACCCCCAGGCGGAGCGACAGGUCUCGGGCCCUCAGGCGGAGCGGCGGGCGCCGGACCCCCAGGCGGAGCGACAGGUCUCGGGCCCCCAGGCGGAGCAGCGGGCACCGAGUCACCAGGCACGACAGUGGGCUCCGAGUCAACUGGCAUGACCGCUGGCACUAGGUCAGACAUUGGAUCGUCUGGCUGGACAGCGGGCAUCGGGUCACCAGGCAUCAGGUCAUUUGGCUCGACCGCGGGCACCGCGUCAUCUGGCAAGGCAGUGGGCUCCGAGUCAACUGGUAUGACCGCGGGCACUGGGUCAGACAUUGGAUCGUCUGACUGGACAGCGGGCAUCGGGUCACCAGGCAUCAAGUCAUUUGGCUUG